AUGUCGGCUGAAGGUUGCCAAAACUUGUCGCGGACUUAUGCGAUUGAGACACAAAGGUUUGUCCUCGAUGGCACAGCUCUGAUAACAGAAAAGGGAAUUGACAAGAUGAAAACGUCUGGCGGAGCUCUGAUGUAUUUCCCCGGCGGUGGGAGCUCCGCAGUAUUUGGCCCGGACGGGAAAUUGUUAACUGAACCCAUGGAGAGUACGACUGAAGCGAUCAUUCAUGCGGAUCUUGACAUGGACCAGAUUAUUGGCACCAAGCUCUUCGCAGACGCAACCGGUCAUUAUAAUCGCCCUGAUCUGAUGUGGCUAAAUGUCUGUAAGGAAGUAAAGAAGACCGCCCGCGAUGACACCGAUGUGGAUCUCGUUAAUGCGAUCGCUGGGGAUUCAUCCGGCUUCAAGUAG